GUCAUUUCCUUCAACUUUACGAUAAAGACGGACCUGGCAGCCCUAAACAGGGAGCUUCGCGGGUCAAUUUUUUGAUUUUGUGUGGCGUGAUCCGACCUACAUCGGAGCCAUCAGAACUGCAACCAUGACGGUUGGAAAGAGUAGCAAGAUGUUGCAGCACAUCGACUACAGAAUGCGGUGCAUUCUGCAGGAUGGGCGCAUCUUUAUUGGGACAUUCAAGGCGUUCGACAAACACAUGAACCUCAUUUUGUGCGACUGUGAUGAGUUCAGAAAGAUCAAGCCUAAAAACUCAAAGCAGCCUGAACGUGAGGAGAAGAGAGUGCUGGGAUUGGUCCUCCUGAGAGGGGAGAACUUGGUCUCCAUGACUGUUGAGGGACCACCACCUAAAGAUACUGGUAUUGCCCGCGUGCCCCUUGCUGGUGUGGCAGGAGGUCCAGGUGUGGGCAGGGCAGCUGGCAGAGGUGUCCCUGCUGGCGCCCCCAUGCCCCAGGCUCCUGCAGGCCUCGCAGGCCCCGUCAGAGGAGUAGGAGGGCCCUCACAGCAGGUGAUGACCCCCCAGGGCAGAGGAACAGUGGCAGCAGCAGCAGCUGGAGCCAGCAUUGCUGGGGCCCCGACACAGUACCCCCCAGGCAGGGGAGGGCCUCCCCCAAUGGGCCGUGGUGCACCUCCUCCUGGCAUGAUGGGCCCACCCCCAGGCAUGAGACCACCAAUGGGGCCACCAAUGGGAAUGCCCCCUGGCAGAGGUGCACCAAUGGGCAUGCCUCCUCCAGGAAUGAGACCACCCCCCCCUGGCAUGAGAGGUCCCCCACCCCCAGGUAUGCGCCCUCCUAGACCCUGAACCCAUCCACUGGACUGAAGGGCUGUUUUUUCCGUCGCCCUUCCUUCCCGAUCUCUCACACUGAGCUAUUGUAUAGUUCCAACUUUUGUAUUUGUGUUUUGCUUUUUUAAAUAAAGUGUCUGAUGGACAA